GCGCGGCGUCUCGGGGCUGCCCCAGGGGGCCGGCCUCCUCCUCCUCCUCCUCCCUCUACCGAAGGCAGGACCGAAAGCCGCCGCCGCUGCCGAUCCACAUCGCAGGCAAGACUCCGCCAGGCUCAGCUUCGCUCCAAAGGCUCCCCCAGUCAAGAUUUUGUGAAAAGAGAAGAUGGGGUCCGGCUGUCUGAAGGUCACAAAGUACUUCCUUUUCCUCUUCAACCUCCUUUUUUUUAUCUUGGGUGCUGUGAUCCUUGGCUUUGGAAUAUGGAUUUUGGUUGACAAGAGUAGCUUCAUUUCAGUUCUACAGACCUCCUCAUACUCAUUAAAGGUUGGGGCAUAUAUUCUCAUCGGAGUUGGGUCUGUCACAAUGUUGAUGGGUUUCCUUGGUUGUGUUGGAGCAGUCAAUGAGAUUCGAUGUCUCUUGGGGCUGUACUUUACCUGCCUGCUGUUGAUCCUAAUAGCCCAGGUAGCAGCCGGUCUGCUCAUCUACUUCCAGCGGAGUGCACUCAAAGCAGAAAUGGCAGGGAUUGUUGGUGACCUUAUCCAGAAUUACAACCCUUAUGAUGAAAGCAAUAGGAACCUUGAGACUGCAUGGGAUUAUGUCCAGACACAGCUGUCUUGUUGCGGAUGGGCUGGACCAGAAAAUUGGAAAAACAAUACAAUUCUGCAGGAAAAAAAUGAGACAUCCUACCCUUGCUCUUGUAGCAAUGACUCAGUUGACCCAGCGGCAGAGGUGGGCUUCUGCCCUUUGGAAAAUACUCCCAACACCACCACAUUUGAGAGCUGGCCAGUUAAAAAGCAGGGGUGUAUGAAAGGUGUGCAGAACUGGUUAAAGGAGAACCUCGGCAUCAUUCUUGGAGUCUGCACAGGUGUUGCUGUCAUUGAGCUCCUGGGAAUGGUGCUCUCGAUCUGCCUCUGCAAGAAUAUACACACUGAAGAGUACACCAAAGUGCCCAAGUACUGAGAGACUGUUGGCCUUACGAGCGGCCCCAGAGCAAACGCAACAUUUGCUUCCUUCUCAUACUCAGACUGUCUUCAUCAUUCACCAUUCCUCCUUUGACACCCAGCAUUGCUGCAGAUCAUUUGGGCUGUGCUGUAGCCAUGGAUUUUCUAAGGGAUCAGGGGCUUGGGCCAGUCCCUUCAUCAGUUUUGACUCUUCUAUGAAGCAGGCCAUUUAAAUCUUACUCAACUCAUGUGAUGUCCUGCAAUUGUACUGCCAGCACUAUGCUUAGAGAUAGCCUCUUUCUUAUUUUUAUCCACUUCUGACCAUUGUGAGAUGCCUCAGAAUGCUCCCCUUUUCCUCUUGUUUUGAAGCUCUUUGCUUCCAUUGAUAUAUGUACAUAACUAAUUAUUUUCCAGGGCAGUGGGUACUUUUGGUGGCUUGGGGGUUUCUUGUGAAUACAUACAUGGUAGAAAGGAGAAUCCUGUCUCUGGUUCUGUCUUGUGUUCCCCGAUGUUAUUAGAUAACAACUCCCACAACCAAUAGUUAUGGUUAGUGGGAAUUGUACUCCCAACAAUAUCUGGAGACCCACAGAUGAGAACCACUAGUCUAGUUAAUCUGAUGUCUCUGUCUGGUUUGGUGUCACUUCCUCGAAUCUAUUGAGUUGUCUUUUGAAAUUGCGUUUGCAUUGUUGGCUAUAUUUUCCCCAUUACACACACACAGCAAAGAUCUUCAAUCACCAACUGCUCAAUCGUUGACAUUAGUCAGGUUAAAUAUUGAUCCAGACACAAGCUUAAGAUUUCAGCCGCUAUCCUAGGGUCAAAGAGUGUGUGGCCCAUUAGGAAUGUUGGAUUUCUUUCGUCUCUGCCACAUACGUCCUCCCUUCAUUUACCUUGGAUACACUUUAGAGACUGCAUGUGUAUAGCAUGAGUGAGUCUGCACAGGUUCACCAGUAUAUGUUCUUGGGUUGCCAACUUUUAUAGAAGCGGUGAUUGAGAUUAUAUAUUUUUGUCCCAGUAUGAUUCUUAUGUAGUUCUAGUCUCUCUUUGUCAUGGUGAAAGGAUCCCUAGAGUUGAUGUCUUGUACUGUGGAUGGUGGGCAGCACUUGUUCUGGAGCAUUAGAAUACCUUUGCUGACGAAAGCAAUGGAUCUUCCCUGUUGUCUUGCACCUUGUCUUGGAAAUUGCUACAGUUGCCAGCAGAUCCAGAGGCAAAUACUAUGAGAUUCUCUGUAAUGAAGAAGCUUUUGAACCUAGCAGCUGUAGCAAGUUCUUUUUGUGGAGUGAUUGUACAGAGGGCAGUACGGUCUUGCAAAUGAAAUUCCUUAGGAAGAGAGAAAUGCCUAUGAGAAAAUAGGGAUCACAUUCGGAUCAGCAACUGUCUGUAUAGCAGUGAUUCUUGUAAAGAGAGCUUCCACUUUAAGAAGGCAGAUACGGAAAUCCUAUUGGAUCCAAUUGGAUAAAUGAUCACAUCCUUUCAUAUGUGAGCCUCCUUCUCACGCAGGUUGGUAAGCCUGUGCACUGUAGCUGGUGUCCUGGUACAACAUGGAAGAAAAUAAGACAAUUUGCCCUGAGUGAAAAAUUCAACAGCCCUAAGGUAGUAACUCUAGAGGUAACUGUGAAGAAAAUUCUCUCUCUUUCGAUUUAUAUGUUUCUCCACAGCACUAAUGCUACUCUUUCUUGAGUUGCAAAGUGGUUGUAAUAAAUGCAAAAAAAAUAUCACUUUUUAAAGAGUUUAUCAUGCUAGAAUAUAGUGACGUAAGAGGGAUGGGUAAGUCAUGGAAAAUGUUUGAUCCAUCAUUAGCUUUCUUUCCCCUUCAGGUUCUGGCAAAUAAAGUUGGAAAAAGGGAUUUUCUUGGAAGUGAGUGUUUAAAGUUUGCUCUUUAUUUUCCUCCCUCAAGCCUGGUGUUUUAUUUUUUGAACUGAUUGUAAAGUUAGGUUUUGUAUUCACCUCUUGUGCUUCACUUGAUAAGCUGCUUCACUGAAAAGCUGUUUAUGCAAUGGUUCUUGUUCUCUUGGAUUCAGCUCAGAACAGAAGCAAAGCUGAGCCCAUUCUGGAUUUCUUCCUUGUUUUUAGAAACCUCUUCCAGAUGGAAGAAAUGCAUGUACAGAUUUAAACAAAUAAUGGGUGGGUGUUUCGGUAAUAAAAAUAUUUGCUUAAAAAAGUG